AUACAGGCUAGCCACCAAUUCGCUUGAUCUGCAAUGGCAGAAACUGUGACGAAGCUGGCGUCACAGCGGGCGGUGGUGAUCUUCGGGGCGAGCAACUGCUGCAUGUGCCACGCAGUGAAGACGCUCUUCACGGAGCUGGGCGUGAGCUGGGUGGUGCACGAGCUGGACAAGGACCCCCGCGGGAAGGACGUCGAGAGGGCGCUCGCCAGCAUGGUCGGACGGAGCCCGCCCGUGCCAGCGGUCUUCAUCGGUGGCAGGCUCGUCGGCCCCACAGACAAGGUCAUGACGCUGCACCUCAGUGGCCAGCUGGUGCCGCUCCUCCGCCAGGCCGGCGCCCUUUGGCUCUGAACUGAAGAGUCAGGGACAGCAGUGGCUGUGCGUGCGUGCAGUUAUGCGUGAUCAUAAGAGAUCAUAUAGUGCGUGCAGUGCAGCUACAUAAUUUUGGAAAGGUCAUCAAACAUAUUAAGGGUCAUGAUCUUUCAGUUGUACCUCUUGUUGUCAUAUGACAGAAGGAAAGGAUGUUUGGCAAGAGAUGAGCAUCCUGAGCAAUAUAAAAGGAGCUUAUGCUUAUCUUGUGUUGAUUAAUUUAGCUAGCUGUUGUGCUAAGGCCGUGAGAGAAUCCACGGUAUAUAUAGAGCCUGUUCGGAACCUCUCCAAUCUCAAAACUCCGCUCCGCACUGUAGAGGAAACGAGGAGCUCGGUUUGAGCCACUCCCUGAAAUUGUGCUGCCACUCCCUCCGCUCCGGAACCGCAGUUCUGGAGCAGAGAGGAUCCGAACAGGUCCAUAGUAUCAUAUCACACACAUUUUUCUCGGAGCCAUAGAAUACUCCGUAGAUAACCGGAGUGAUUCGGAGAGGUUAGUAUGUUUAUGUAGAUACCUGAUCCAGUGAGCUCAGUUUGUUGAGGUAGAUGCACUGGCCCAAUU